AUGCAGCACUCUGAAAAGCCCAAUGCUCAAGGAGCGGCUUCUAUGAGUCCCUCGUCGCUCACGGAUGAAGCAUCAAGAUGUGAGACGGGUUCUUCCGGCACAGUUCCUUCUGAUGGCAAAGGAGAAGACGAACCACCAACUGCAAAGAUGGCCGAGAUUGAGGAUUCGAAUGAUGCAACUACGAUUAUCUCUCCGUGUGAUGUGCAAAAUCUUCCCCAACAGUCUCCGCCCGCAUCCACCCCAGGGGCAUUCGCCGUUGUGAGGUACCGGCAAGGUGCUCCUUCGGCAAUAGGGCAGGACCACUCCCCAGAGGCGAGGACCAGAGAAGACCAUCCGCUGGAAGUGCAGAUCCGUGAAUCACAUGUUGUUUUGGAUGAUCCAGAAGACAUCCAUGAUGAGAGACGUAGAAUUAUUGGAGGUGUCGACGGCGAACUGGAGCUCGUGGAGGCCACAGUACUUCCGACGAAAAAUGAUUCCUGUUCGGAAGAUGAUCAAAUCAAGGACGUCGCCCAUUGGUUGAUGGGCGUCUGCGUCAUAAGUGCUUUGAUACUUAUAUUGGUUUUCUCCCUGGGGUCAAUGAGUGCAACGGCAGAAGCAAACACGCCCUUGAUGGAAUCCUAUUCAGUAGGUCCAAACACAACUAUUUCAACAACGCAGGAACGCUGGUAUCCUCCAUUCACUCUGGACAUUCCAAGGACCGUCAUUACAGCCAUCGAAGAGGACGAGCAAAGCCCCUUCUACAAGGCAAAUCUUUGGAUGUGGAAUGACCCAAACUUGGCUUCUUACUCUCCCCAGAGACAAAAGCAAAGGUUCUACAUGGUGAUGUUGUUCUAUGCUACUAAUGGUGAGAGUUGGAUUCACAGUGACAACUGGCUCGACUAUCAAGUAGCAGAAUGCAAGUGGUUCUCACAGAGUAGAUAUGUGGAAGAUAGCAAGUACUUUGAACAAGAUGUCUGCGACUACAGGGAUGGCGACGACGAAGUGGUCAUCAAUCUGAGCUUGGCUUCGAACAACUUGACGGGGUCCUUCCCUAUUUGGUGUGCUGCAUUCAUUCCUCACAUCCAAAUAUUGGACCUGGGCAACAACCACAUUGAGGGAUCGCUACCAACCAUUACUGCCACUCCCAGCAUUGAGGUUUUCAUUGUAUCCAACAACCCCUUCCAGGGUGCUGCCAGGAUGAGUGCUGGGGCCUAUUUUGAGAACAUGAAAGUGCUCCGAACGGAUGGGACAAAGUUGCAAGGAAGCAAUGGAGCUGCUUUGGUUUAUGUUACCCCAAACAUUGAAGUUUACAACUUCACGGCUCAGCAGUACAGUGGACGGAUUUGGCCACAAUAUGGCUUGCUGACAAACAUGGAAUACCUAGGGUUUGGUCAUACGAACACUUUUAGGUACCAUUGCUACCGAGCUAGGAUUGGCAAUUUCAUUGAGAGAGCUUGA